GUGAGAAAUGGCGCUCGCUCUCGUUGGCGGCGGCGGCGGCGGUGGGGGUGUCCUUGACGGGCGACGUCGACGACGACGACGAGGUGCAGAUCAUCGUCAGGCCCCGUCGACGCGGCCCCCGCGCUAGCCCCCGUCCCCGUCAGCCAUAGCACUUAGCCAUUUAACCAGCCAUUUAAACUAGUCCCCACUCCCCCACCUUCCUCCUCUUUCCCCGUAAAUCCGAUGCUCUGCGCUGAGUUGGUGAUUCUUAUCGAUUGAUAAUCGUCAUUUCUAUUUUCCCCGUCUGUCAUGGCCAUGUGCAAUAUUUUCCGCUUAACGCGGUCGAAAAAGAAAAAUAAGGUUGAACAAAUGCAAAAGGAUGAGCUGGAUCAAGUGCUGCAGCGGCUUCAACUUGAAAAUAUGGAAUUGAAACGAGAAUUAGAACGACGGAAAGCUGCCACAACAAGUACCCCGGAUUUGGAUAGAAAUAUAUCACCCACUCGUCGCGACACCCGAGGAGCAACCCUUCCACGUCUCUCCGGUCAGACAAAUUACGUACGAAGCGUGCCAUCAUUGAAGAGUGCACAAAGUCAGAGCGAUGUGAUGGAUGAAGCACGAGCGUUGCGUUUACACAAGCAACGUCUCGAACAUCGUUCCAGGAUAUUGGAACAGCAAAAUGAGCAACUUGAGCUACAGCUGCAAAGGUUGAAAAAGGUCAUUGAACAGCAGAAAGAGAAUGGAUCUCGAGCGGAAUGGAGUGCCGAACGAGAUUGGGCCGAACGACGGUCGCAUCCCCCCUACACCUCUUCUCACGAAGAGAACGGACUCUACGAUUCCUCAGCCCGCUCCCGAGCGUCCGAAAGAGCCGGAUGGGACGAGGACGAUGGGCUUGGCCACGACUCGAGUAGAGGCACCAGAAUGCAGUCGCUCCUGGCCACCGUCGACGAUCUCGGCAGAGCCAUGGAGAAUCUGGUGGUGUCCGUGGUCUACGACAGCGACCAAGAGCAAUAACAUCUUUCACUCUCUCAUCAUUAUUCCAAAUGUUGUUGUUUAUAUGCUAACUAGAACGUCGAUUUCUAGACUUGCCGUGUUUUACUUCGUUCAGAAGUACAUUUUUGUGCAGUUUUGCAGGAUUCCAAGCAGGACCAAGGGCUCCAAGUCCCUCAUUCCUCACCCAAUUCUGUCAUGACUGCGUUUAGUGUCACCAGGUGAACUCAUCUCAUUGUUUUCUCUCUCUCUCUCUCUCUUCUAUUUUUUGUGCAUAAGGGGAUGUUCUCCUAAUCGAUUUAACGAGUGUAUCGAAAUGCUUUCCUCAUGGUGCUACAAUCGUUCAUCACUGACAAUAAUUAUGUGCCUAAAUAUAUUGUUCAUUUACUUUCCUCAAUCCGUGUGUUCAAAGUAUUGCUCAAAUUCUAUUCGCAUUGAUUGUUCAAUAAGAUCUUUACCACAUA